CAGUGUUCAAAAUUAGAACCUAUACUUCUGCAUCCGCCAAUGGUCUUUACGAAGGAGUGCUUCCGGCUUCGUUCUUCCUCUUUUCGUCUGGAUCGGGCCGUCACCAUGGUAUGAAGCUCGACCAUGAAUACACUUAGAAAAAAAUCAACUGUAAUCUUUUAAAUAUACAUAUACUUGCUACGUGCUAAAUUACCUCAUGUGUGAAUGCAAUGGUUAGGGACACAUAUAGCCCAAUAUUAGUGAUUGUAUCUAGAUACCCAACAAAACACGAAUGGUUACGUCGACGAUAUCGCUAGCUACUUUUGGUAAUAUAGCUAAGUUGGUAUUGCCAUUUUAGAUGGGCAUCAUUGCUAUGUAUUUCACGUUUUUAAACAUAGCAAAUGUACUAUUAUAAGCUGGUCAUCAAGUAGCUAAGUGGUGCGCGUUAAGGAGAUACUGGUGUCCUAACUUGUAGAGCCAGCCGGUCACACCAAAGCGAUUGUUGGGAGACUUAAUUAAACACAUGUUUGUGUCAACGCAAAACGUAUGCACAUGUAACUAGUAUUUUGAACAAAAAUGCCACAUUGAUGGGAAAAGGCUCCUGGCUGGGUAGCAGCCCCCUAGGUUGAAUGGUAGUGACCUGACCACCAUACUGGAUAUUUGUUGUGAAGCCCAGUGACUCAUUCAGUAAAUAAAUACUAAUGCAGUGGUACUGUAAAUGACAAUGUACCAUACUACUGCACUGUUGGUGUACAUCUUUCUAAAUCAAUGUUUGUGUGAUUCAGGUGAACGUACCGAAGACACGCAGGACCUACUGCAAGAAGUGUAAAAGGCACCAGCUUCACAAAGUUACCCAGUACAAGAAGGGAAAGGAUUCCCUCUAUGCACAGGGUGAGUUUCAGCCUCAAAGUUAGCAUUGGCAGAUCGCAUGGACUGCCAUGUGUUCCAAGAUCAAUCACUGAUAUCUGUGUUUUAGGUAAGAGGAGAUAUGACAGAAAGCAGUCUGGUUAUGGUGGACAGACCAAGCCUAUUUUCCGCAAAAAGGUAAGCUUGCAAAGCUUUGUGUGUACUGGAUACGUUACCAAAGGGUACCUUAUCAGUUAACACCUUUCCCUGAGUAACCGCAACAGAACAGUUGUGUUAUCAUGGACAACCACAAGUGUGGGUCUGGGGCAACAUAACUGUACUUUUGUGGUGACUCAAGGAAAGGAAUUGAACCACUGGUAAAAGCUACCCUACAAUGUAUCCAAUAAUGUAUACUACAAAUGUAGACUGUUCAUGCAGGCCGUUGUCAGCGAGGCUUGGCCUGUAGUGCCUUUGUCCUUUCCUAAAGUGUCUGCUAGAGAGAACUGAGAUGGUUUGAGGCCCUGCUGUGUCUCCUCCAUGGCAAGGUUAUAGGUAAACCUCAGACAACUUAAUGAAUGCUUCUGUUUUUUUCCCUUUACUUUUACACCUACAUAUAAAACAGUAUUGACUGUACCUUUUUACACCAGAAAAAAGUGAACUGUUUAGGGGUACUACUUUCAGUGUGCACUCGCACACUCACCCUCAUGGAUUUUAAUGGAAUGGACACUUCCUUCACCAAUCCGAUGGUUUGAAAUGCAUGACGGGGAGUGAACGAGUACACAUUUAAAGGGUAGAGAAUGAAAAUACAGCCACUGCCCUGUAAUUUUACAUUGACAUUUACGUCAUUUAGCAGACGCUCUUAUCCAGAGAGACUUACAAAUUGUAAUGUGUGCAUGAUUCCUGGAUUAUGUGGUACGUUUGUAACAUGGAUUCUCUCCUCAGGCUAAGACUACAAAGAAGAUUGUGUUAAGGCUGGAGUGCGUGGAGCCCAACUGCAGGGCCAAGAGAAUGGUGCCCAUCAAGAGAUGCAAACACUUUGAGCUGGGAGGUGACAAGAAGAGAAAGGUAAGCACAAACUCACUCCAACCAAGUAGUGUAACCCUGAUGUUCCUUACCCAUGUUUAUUCUGCGUCUGGAAAGGGUUGUGUAUUUGUUCCACAACCAUAAAAAGCAAUGUAUAAGGUUUGUGGACGUCUAAAUGACUUUUGGUGUUAAUCAUUUACAUUUGACACGUGGUUCAACUAUUGAUACACCUCUGCACUCAUUCACUUUAGAUCGUUCUGCAAUAUAAGAUUUAGUCAAUUCCAAAUAUACAUGCUUCCUCAGUCUUUGUGGUUAAGAUACUGCUUAGAGAGGAAUUGGCAAUCGCACUCUGAAGACCUUCACUGGCCAAACGUGUGCUGCUCUGGACAUGUUUGCCUUUUAGAUAUGCCCUAAAGAAUGUUAACAAGUCCUAUUCAUUUAGCCUAGUUUUGUGAAAUUGAAAGAUGAUUGGAUUCGGAAGCAGUGUUUGUAUUUUUCAUUUUGGAAAGGUGAAUGGUGCUGUUUGAGCUGCCUUGUAAACUCUUUUUAUUUUCUCCUUUCAGGGCCAGGUCAUCCAGUUCUAGGCUGUGGCUCAAUCCAUUGGGUGGACUUGUCACUUUUUUUCAAUAAAUGUAUUGAAAUUAUA